AUGGCUCCCGAGGAUAAAGGGUCUCAGGUCAAGGCGCGGAUUGACCACGGCGAUGUCGAGCAACUUGUCAAAUUGGAACCGAAUCUGAACGACCAUGAAUUGGAAUUAACGCUGCACACGCUUUUGACGCAGGCUAACGAGAACCCGGACGCAGACGAUCCGCUGCACCACGCACUCGAGAAGGUUAUCUCGGAAAUGGAGCUGCCAGAGAUGAUGGUUGGGCCCGCCGCGGGCUGGGGGCCUCUGGAACCGGACCAAGACUCGGUGCUGGAGUCGCCUACGCACCUGACUGUGGAAAACAUCUUGGCCGGCGACGCACUACACAAUUACGGCGGUCGGGGCAAGAAGAGGGCCUACGAUGAUCAAGAAAACGAGGAUGAGACCGGGCGCGAUCCUCUUUGCGACGCUCACGUUAGGGAGCCCAACACAGCGCUACAGAACGUGUAUGAGACUCUCUCUCCAGAGUCGCUUUCGCCGAUCUCAGACUCGGGUUACAAGCAGAAAAGCGCCCACCCAGCAGCUCCCGCCGCAGUCGCCAGAGUGGAUGGGCGGCCCACGCCCAAACCAGCCAGUGCGGUGCAGAGCACCGUUCCAAAUGGGACAGAGAAGAAGCAUACGUCUGCUGAGCCACCUUCCAAGCUCACCAACGAGUUCACAAUGCUACAGGUUGCGGACGUGAAGAAACGCAUUAUAAACACGCACAAACUCAUGCUCAACUUCAACUUUCUCAAGGACGGAUACGCCAGAACGUGCGUGGAGCUCAAACGAACGCUGUUGAGGCUGAAGCAGAGCGAGGUUCAUAGAGCGCAGCUACUGCAAGAGAACGAGCGUUUAAAGAGACUAGUCAUCGAGCAAAACAACAAGCUGGAGGGCGUGCAAGCAACACGGCCCGCUAGCCUCACGUGA